CUGCACCUUCGUCCACCACCACAACCUCAUCACGACACCAUGGGCGCACUACUCUCUAUUCCUUUGCUCGCUGUACCUAGCAUAGGCACCAUCGGCACCUUUGCCCUCUCGUGCUGUGGAGCGGCGACCUGCAAUGCCGUCUUCAACUCGUGCGGGAAAUGCGGUAACAGCAUGGCGACCCGCAUCGCGUAUGCCCUCAUCCUCCUCAUAAACUCCGUCAUGUCAUGGCUCAUGCUCACGGACUGGGCCAUGAAGAAGCUUCAACACAUUACUCUUGACUACGUGGAUAUCAAGUGCCAGGGGGAAGAGUGCUAUGGCUAUGUCGCAGUGCAACGAAUCAACUUCGCCUUGGGCGUCUUCCACGCCAUCCUCGCCCUCAUUCUCCUCGGGGUGAGGUCUUCCAAAGACGGGCGGGCGCCUAUCCAGAACGGCUUCUGGGGCCCCAAGAUUCUUGCCUGGAUGGGCCUCGUUGUCGUCACCUUCUUCAUCCCGAACUCAUUCUUCAUUGUCUGGGGCAACUAUUUCGCUCUGAUUGGAGCCUGUCUCUUCCUCCUUAUUGGCCUUAUUCUCCUGGUCGACCUUGCGCACAACUGGGCCGAAUACUGCCAGGAGAAGAUUGAAACUACCGAGUCGAGAUUAUGGACUGGUUUACUGAUCGGUUCGGCCUUGUCGAUGUACCUGGCUUCUGUCGCAAUGACAAUUAUCAUGUAUAUUUUCUUCGCGAAGAGCGGAUGCUCGAUGAACCAGGCUGCCAUUACUGUCAACCUCCUACUCCUUCUCAUUGCCUCUAUUGUCUCGAUUCACCCCGCGAUCCAAGCCGUGAACCCACGCGCUGGUCUCGCGCAAUCUGCAAUGGUUGCUGUAUAUUGCACAUACUUGACCAUGUCAGCCGUCGGCAUGGAGCCGGAUGAUUUGCAAUGCAACCCUCUUGUUCGAGCUCGUGGCACCCGCCGAGCUACCGUUAUCAUCGGUGCUAUCGUUACUUUCGUCACCGUGGCUUAUACCACCACCCGUGCAGCUACCUAUGGUCUAGCUUUAGGCUCUCAGGGCAACGGCUACUCUCAAGUCAGUACGGAUGAUUACGAGCAUGGCCUGGUCACCCAACAGCCUGAGUCGCGCCGCGAAAUGCGUGCUGCCGCUCUCCGCGCAGCAGUCGAGAGCGGCUCGCUCCCAGCCUCCGCUCUCGACGACCCCGAUGACAGCGAUGACGAGGAUGAUGAAGGUGGUAGCAAGAACCCUCGUGACGACGAGCGCAACGCCACCCAGUACAACUACUCCCUCUUCCACGUCAUCUUCUUCCUCAGCACCACAUGGGUAGCAACAUUGCUCACCAUGAACUUCAACGCGGACACCGUAGAGGACAGCUUCGUGCCCGUGGGACGCACAUACUGGGCCAGCUGGGCCAAAAUUGUCAGCGCCUGGAUAUGCUACGGCAUCUACAUUUGGAGUUUGGUCGCACCACUCGUUCUACCUGAUCGAUUUGAUUACUAGGGGGAAGGGGGGUGGUGGGG